AUGUCGACGCUCUCAACACGCCCGAUCGAUGGUCGGCAUCUUCAUCGUCGGUGGCAUCGACACCACGUCGUCACCGCCUCCUCCUCGGUCUCGACGUUGUCCACACGUCGAGCGAGAGAGUUUCGGUCGGUUGAAUUAGUCCCGGCUGGUGACUUCACGUGCGAGCAUCUACCCCCGAACGAGCGUAAGAGCGUGCCGAAGGAGAUGGAGACGAAAGUGAUACGACUACCGAACGAACCGGGAUCGAGGAUGAUCGUAGGUAGAGCGCGAGGGACGGGUUUCAUGCUACCCGUGCGCACGGUGAGUGGAAAACACGCCGAGCUGUCUUUGGGAGCCAACGAGGACGAGGGACGGGUUUUUGUGAAAGAUCUCGGGAGCAAAUUCGGGACGAGCAUAAACGGACGAGCCCUACGAAGAGGCGAAACGUACGAGAUCUUCCCAGGGGAUUUUGUCACAUUCGGUGACGAGCACCUCGCGCGUUACGAAGCUGUAGCGGUGGUGAAAAUCAUACCGAGGAAGGAUGAUAAUUCCAAGCCUAAACCGAACGAUUCUUUAGAGCAAAUGUUGGACGUGAUAAAAGCCGGCGCAGUCGCGGCGGAACAAGUCGGAAGUGCGGUGUCGAGCAUGGCAUCUACCGCUGCUUUGGCAGCGGAGGAGCAAGCAAAGUCGAUGCAACAACCAGAACGAGCCAAAACGCGCGGUGAAGCCAAAAAGUUGGAGAAACAAGAGUUCGAAGCGAACGAAGAGGAAGUCAUCAAAAUGGAGGUAAGAAGACAGAGAGAAGAAUCAGUCACAGCGCCUGAUACGGUGACCGCAGAGCGAGUGUUGCUUGCACCUGUCGGUUGGUCAGGGCCGGUGAUUGAUUUGGAGCUCGGUGAGCGAGUUGUUCUCGGAACUUCGCAAAAGCGCGGUGGGGCAGAUGUCAUUUUAUCGUCGCCGGGUGUUGAUAAAUCGCACGCGGCUGUCACGCUCGCUGGUGACGGCGUCGUGUAUGUUGAAGAUCUUCGUUCUUCCGGCGGGACAUUUGUCCGCGGUCGGCAGAUCAAGGCCGGCUUGCAGUAUUCUCUCGCAGCGGGUGAUGAAUUCAUGCUCGGAGAUAGCGGUUGUGUGUUUCAGCUCUCUUCAAACGUUGAAGAUGACGAGGAGUUUGAAUAUCAAGACGUUCUGGAAGUCGGCGCGCCGAUUGAUACGCCGAUUGAUACCGCCGCUUUAGCGCCACGUCCUACCGCAGAAGUGGAAAUAGUCGAGGCUCAAGACGUAACACUAAAUGCGGUGAAUAAUGAUGAUUCGACGGUUUCCUCACCCUGGGACGUGCUUGGCGGAGGCCUGAAGGGGAUGGGUGACAAUCUCGGCGCCGCCAUUUUCAACUCGAAGAUCAACGUCAAUUACUCGUACAAACCAACGAUCACACUCGCUGGUGGAAAGCUCGCGGGACUCAGUGACAUGAAAGCUGCUCUUCUGUUAGCGUUGGCAGACACUGAAAGAGGAUUGCGCGUCGACAAGGAGCGAAGGAAAAAAAUCGAGCAACUCGUCCGCGCACUCGAAGCAAAGAAUCCGACAAAGUCGCCGCUCAAAUCUCCUCUCAUGAACGGACGAUGGGCGCUGCAAUACACGACGCAGCUCUCGGUGAUCGGUCGGGGUAAACCAGAUUUCAUGCGUCCGAAGGGAGCGAUAUUCCAAACGUUGGAUAUUUUCACGCUGCAGUGUCUCAACGAGGAGACGUUUGAGCCGUUGCCGUUUCUGAAAUUUACCAAUGCCAGCACGUUUGAUUUAAAGGCGAGGACCGAUAGCCGAGCCGCAAUCACGCCCAGGGACGUCCGCAUUGCCGGCGUGAGGAUCAAAGCUCCGCCCACGACGGCGGGACGUGCCCUGCGAAACAUGGAGAUGGAGGCGUCGGGCUCCGGCUCAAUGGCUUGGCAGGACACCACGUUCGUUGACACCGAGAUGCGCGUCUCGCGAACGCAGUCGGGUGAUUUCUUCAUCUUUGUCAGAGACGACGAAAACGAUGUCGACGUGAACGAUCCAUCGAUGAUGUAA